AUGGCGAUGGACUUUCUCGAAUAUCUGUGUCAAACAUGCAGGAUCGGGUCAUGGGCUUCGUCCUGGGAGUACUUCCGUCAGUACAAGCAGCUGUAUGCCAGUGUCACGGGCCGCUAUAUGGACAGGAACGACAGUAAAGAAGUCAAGAAGUGGCACGAUGCCAUUUUGGUCCCGAGGUACGGCCUGCAAGCACCAUGCACCUGUGGGAAGGAUGUCGCAAACGCAGACACCUUGUUGGUCCUGCAGACGUUCAAUAUCAAGUACGACACCGGCAUCUUCUCUCGGGAGAGGCACCGUAUUCAGCUGUUGGGGUGCUACCUCGGCCUUGCUUUCACCGGAGCCAGGCCGGCCGAGUUUGUGGAUGGCGAGAGAAAGAGGGGCAAGGAUGAGUGUCUCGAGGAGCUCUUCCCCCAACACGCUAUUGGGAGCGUCCCUAGCGACGAAGACAAGGCGCCCGAUGAGCAUUCCAGGCUGCUGGAAGAGAUGAUGUCGCAAGAGUAUGAGAGCCGUCGACGCCCAAAGGCGCUCUGUUACGAGGACAUUCAGCUGAUGGUUGUACGCCACCCGGAAACCGGCGGGGACGUCCUAGCAAUGGCCAUCCGGCUUGCACACCACAAAGGGGCGGACAACAAGCCGAAGCCGACCAUUUUCUUUUUUACACCCACUAGGAGGUUGAUCUUCUGUUUCAUAAGUGUCAUCGUCAGCCUAGCAGUCCACGACGGCGCGUUUGCUGCGGUCGAAAGCAACGCCUCUGAUGCUGUCCGCGAUCAGAUGAUGCAUCAUGACCCCAAGUGGGCUACUUUCAACAGCGUAUAUAUCAACGAAAAGGUCGGGUUCCACCUUCAGAACGCGUUCCUCGAGGAGCCGACCGAAGACAGCCUUCUUGCAAUGCUCUCGCAUAUCGGCCACAUGCGCGACCCCCGCGCAAGGAAAGAUAUGGCCCCGAUCAGGUUUGGGACAUGA